ACAGACAAACAUGGCGACAACUUCAAAAUCGCCUCUUCCUCCUCGUCCGCAAAGUGUUCCUCUAUUGAGGAAAACCAUGUCUCCUGAUGCAGCAAACACGAAGGUUUCUUCUCCGAUCAGAGCUAAGACACCAUUGAAUAAAUCCUUAGGGAAAUCAUUGAAUCUGAAGUCAGGACCUGUCCCUGGAUCAUUCCUGUUUGGAACACCUUCAUACCCCUCCCCUCUGGAUCGCAUCAGACCAACCAAGAAGGACCGUGCCAUCGAACUUGGUUUAAGCACUGCACUGCAAGACUCUCUGGACCUCAAUGCUACAUUCCCCAAAGUGUAUAAGGCAAAAUCAAAAUUGGAAGAUAAUAACAUGGAUGUUUUCAAGCCCAGCAGAAAUCUUGAUCAGAUAUCCAGUGAUUCACUGCACAGCUUUAGUUAUGCACCUGGCCAUUGCCGAGGCUCUUUCCUGGAAACUUCCCCUGAUCCUCGGCUGACAUCUUCAUGGCAGUUUUAUAAUUUUGUUGGUGGAGCAGGGACUGGAGCUGUCUUUCCAACAACAGUGCGUAAUCCUAAUAAAGCAAUCGUCACAAUUAAUGCAAGAACCUCAGAAAUUUUGACAGCUAAUGACAUGGCAGCAGAGCUGUUUGGCUACUCUACCAAGACCCUCAUUGGAAUCAAAAUGUCCCAGCUUUUUGCUGAUGUACAUAAAGAAAAGCAAGAAGCUCUUGUGGAGCAGCAUAUUGAAGCAAGUGGUGCUGUAGUUAUGGUAAAUGGGAAAGUGUUGGAUGCUGUGGACAGUUGUGGAAUUGUGUUCCCUGUUUCUGUCUGGAUGAAGAAACUGACUUGGGAGGAAGAACCGCGGUGCAUCACUGUCAUGGAACCAGUGGAAAGGAAAACAGCCAUGGUGCUGUUUGAUGCUGAGGGUGAUAUAGUGGAUUGUGAUCAAGAUCUUGCUACUCUUUAUGGUUACUAUGUUACUGGAGAUUUGAUUGGGGUCAAUAUUAAAAAGUUAAUACCUGCACUAGAGUUGCCAACAAGUGAGAAGAUGAGCAAGCAUGUCAAAAAGCAGAGAGCAACUGGAAGAACAAGGGAUGGGGGCACAUUUCCACUGAGUAUCUCCCUUAAACCAAAAUAUGGCAAGGAUCUGAAGAAGCUUGACCGCGAUAAAAAAUUCCCUGAUGAUCAACUUUUCUUCAAAGGCUUGGUGUGGGUAUUUGCUAACAUCAGUGGGCUGGUUACAUUCACGCCUGAUGGAGUUAUCCAUUCCUGUAAUCACAACUUUGCUCUCAUGCUGUUUGGUUAUGCACAGAAAGAGCUGGAAGGAAAGCAUGUAACUGACCUUAUCCCAAACUUCUAUGAUGAUAUGGAAGAUGUUGACGACAACAGUAUGCCACUCCCCCCGUUUGAUGACGAGGAUGAUGAGUUUGAUUACGACUAUGAUGAUCAUGAUGAAGACGGUUACAGGGAUUCUAAAGAACGGAAAAGUACAGUGGUUUACACUCGUGAACUUGAUUCUAAAGCAAGUAACUACAGUGGAGGAAGUCGUGAGGGGAACAAUUUUGAUGACUCUGUUACAAGUUCACUCAGUACAAGCACAGGCCUGAGCAGUUCUCAUUCAACUGUUGGUAGUAUUAAAUGCAAUGCAAAUGAGGAGAAAUCCAGAGACUUACAAUCUACAUCAAUGAGCAGUACAUUUCUUGACAAAGAGAGCAUGAUUGCAAACUUUGGAGAUAGCAAAAUAGAGAACAGUCUCAGUGAACCCAGCUUUUCUUCUCUUGGGUCUGGAUCGUUCACUUCAGUGGUGAAUGCUGAAGACAGUGGGAUAGAUGACAGUGGUGGAAGUGCAGAGAAGGUUCAUUUAGAGUUGGGAGAGGACAGGUAUGCUGUGCAGGGUGGGCCUGUGGCUGUCUCAUCACCUGCUGACUCAUCAACGCCGCUUGUAGAAUGUAAUAAAGAAGAGAACAAGUUGUCUUGGACUGGGUCUUUCUCUAAUGAUCAAAAUCAAAAUGAAAUUUUUGACAAGGAAAAUGUGGCAGAUGAUGAACUACAGGAGGAAUCACUGGAAAGCAGUGGGGAAGUCCAACAAGUCACAAGUUCCCAGUCAUCGGGAAACACAAGUGAGACAUAUUCUCUUCCAAGUACUAAUGGAAACCAUUCAACUGCUGACGCAUCACUCACAGACCCACAAAUUCAAAAUGAAUCACCAAAGAGAUCACCGAACUCUCCACAAAGAGAUGAUUAUCUCUUUGAAGGACUUACAUCUACACCUAACAUUGUGACAAGUUCGGGUCGCACAGACAUUGCCUCUCCCCUGCAACCUGUUUGUGAAGGAAGCUUCAUUGGCCAAGCCAGACAUAAAGAUGGUUCACCUCUGGCAAUAGUUUUCCAGAUUAAGAAAAUCGAAUUGAAUGAUGGUCGUGUCUUGUUCUGUGCAUGGAUAUCGCGCGACCCAGAAGAUGAAGGAGAAGGUGGAAGAUCAACCAGCAGUUUUGCUUUAGCAUCAAGUUUUAACAGUAUGGAGUAUUCAGUGGCCAACCUAGGAGAGCUCAGUCAACAAUUGAGUGAAGGAAGUCUGAGGGAGGAACCAUCCCCAGGGCGUGGUCGAUAUGACGAGAGGUACAUCACCCUCCAAUCGAUAGGAAAGGGUGCAUUUGGUUUUGUAAAAGUGGGUCAACGCAGAUCAGAUGGAGUAAAGGUCAUUGUCAAGUUCAUCAGAAAAGCAAAAAUUCUGGUUGACUGUUGGGUAGAAGAUGCAAUCUUGGGUUCAAUUCCAUUGGAAAUUUCUUUGCUGGCAAAGUUUAAACACCCAAACAUUGUAAAGAUGCUAGAGGCUUUUGAAAAUGAAGAAUUCUUUCAGUUGGUCAUGGAGAAGCAUGGAAGUGGAAUGGAUUUGUUUGAGUUUAUCGACAGACAGCCAGCAACAGACGAACCCCUUUGCAGUUACUUGUUUAGACAGGUUGUUUCUGCUGUAUCCUUUCUUCAUAGCAGAAGUAUACUUCAUAGGGAUGUGAAGGAUGAAAAUAUCAUCUUGGAUGAGAAAUUCCAUGUCAAGUUGAUUGACUUUGGGUCAGCAGCAUACAUGGAAGAAGGCAAAAAGUUUUGUACAUUCUGUGGCACAAUGGAGUACUGUUCACCAGAGGUCCUGAUGGGAAACAAAUAUGCAGGACCACAAUUAGAACUCUGGUCAAUGGGUGUCACGUUGUACACUCUAGUAUUUGGUGAGAAUCCAUUUUAUGAUGUUGAGGAGACCAUACGUGCAGAGCUACAUCCUCCAUUCCUUGUCUCAAAUGAUCUUAUGUUUAUUAUCUGUUGGCUCCUACAUCCUGAUCCUCGCUGGCGGGCCACAAUCAGAGACUUGGAAGAAAAUGAAUGGAUAAACCAACCUGUGGACAUCACCAAUUACUCCUUUGAUGCUGUUAUGGCUGAUCAGGUAGAUGGUACACAACACCUUUUACAGUUACCACCAGGUGCAUUGAAUAACAGCCCUGGUGAUCCAGACCUCUCGCAAGAUGAAGUCAUUGAUUAUGGUCACCAUGACAACCUACAGCUGUCAGCCCUCCAGGAAUAUCUCAGUUUGAUUGACAAUGAGGAUAGUGAGGGUGAAAUGUGAUGUACAGGGAUGGAAUCUCUGCUGAUUAUUUAAAAAGGAUAACUCCAUGGUUCCUUGCAGGAACAAGAAUGAAUUUUUUUUCAAAUUUUAUUAUAUUCUUUUAAAAGCAGCCAAUCACAGGAAUUUGUAUGGCUUCACUUUAGAUACUCUAUUAAAGCUUCACCCUUUCACUCUCAGCAGUGACCAAGACAUACUUUCUCCUCACUAAGCAAUUCAACAUCAAGCAGAUGAGUGAUGAGAAUAUAGAAAUAUAUCAAUUAGGAUAUUAUAAUCAUUUGAUCCAAUACUAAAUUCUCCAAACUAAAAUUAUAAGUUAUAUGAGGCAGCCAGUAAGAAGAAUUACCAAGGAGACUUUAGGAGUGAAAGGGUUAAGAUGGAAUUCUUUUUUUCAUAAGGUGAAUGGCUAGGUGCAAAUUUAAUGAGUAAGUUAACACUUGUGCAAGCAAAGGUUGCCCUUCCUGGCAGAGAGGAGGAGAGUCUUUUGUGCCAUUUAAAAAAAAUUGUUGAUAAUAACUAUAACAGUGAUGUCAAGAAAAAUGCAACUACAACUACAUAUAAGGGAGUUAUUAGUGGCUUCAGUCUGUUGUCGCUCAAUUUGUAUAGUUCACCCUUAACAUUGCUUUUAUUUGGACUGGAAAAUACUGGGUUUUUAAAAUGAAUUUUUAAGCUGCCAUUUUGGUUCACUUAAUGAAUAUUUUAAAAGUGAAGUUUGCAAGUUGGAGAUCAUCUAAUUAUUUAAUAAUAAAUUAUUAAUGAUAUUUUCUGUUACAUGAAGUAUUGUGGCAGUGAUGAAAUUAUGUUAGGAGUUGAUUAUAAAACUUGGAUUUAAAUUUCUUGUUUUCCAGAAGGAAAAUUUUGCUCUUGGUUUUUAGUUUUAAUGAUUUUAUAGUGGUGAGGUUUGGUUUAUUUUAAGUUUUAAUAACAGGGUUACUGUGAAACUUGGAAAAUGUUAUAGAGAAAGAUGUUUUUUGUCUUGUCACGAGCGUGGGACAAAGAAAAAAAAUUCUGAGUCCCAUGAGGAAAAACAUCUUUCUCUUUUUCUUUACCGAGCUCAAAACUUACCAUCUCUCUUAUUCAAUUUGGGAAAAUGUUGUACACCGAAAUUUUUAAGGAUUAUUAUUGUGUUUAAAGGGAGAGGCCAAUCAAGUAUCUGGAAACCAGACAGAAAACAGCAAGGAUAAUUAUUAUCCUGUUUGGACGGUUGGUUAUUUUAAAUUGCGAAAAACAGGUUUGACAGCUUGGCGAGGCUUGUGUAAGUGAGGAAAAAUAAGACCACUUGUCAUAUUCUUUUAUUUAAAAAUACUACUCAUUGACUUGUUUUUUACCUGUUCUUUUAUCUUUCUAAUUAUUUUUCGCUGGUUCUCAACUUCAAUGGCUUUUAAGAGGCCAAUGGUAUUUUCUCUGGGAAGAAUUUAUGCACCUUUGCUAGUGCAAUAUUUAUCAUUACCAGGGUAAAAUGUAGACUACGUUGAGGUCCUCCUUUUUGGCUUAGUCUGUUGCAUGGGUAAAAAUAAAAAAUUAGUGAGAAAAAAUAAAAAAGUGAUGCUAGGGUGUUGGGGAGCUCUUGCAGUGAGUUUGGUGCGCCAUAGAAACUGUGGGUGAGGCUUACUUUUGCGGCACAUAGAGCUCCUGUGGUGGUCCUGUUUUUUCUCUGAUUUUUCUUUGAGCUUUGCUAAAGAGGAGGGACUGCCUGCAGUCUACAGUUGGUAAAGUGGUGAGCAAUGCCCAGCGGUUUUUUUUCUCCAAUUUUAGUGGUCACAAAGAAUUCCCUUAUUAUUUGUAAUUUUUUGCAAGCUUCACAUUAUCUACAGAUGAAUAUUUUUAUCAAAACUUCAAUUAUUAUUGUAAAUAUUAUGUGUGGACUGUAUAUUGGAGUUAUACAUCAUAGUUGGGACAAAUAGUGCUCCAGCAUUAAGGCAGAAUAUUAUUAAUAACUUCAUUGUUUAAUCAUAUGAUCUUUGGUUUUAUUUAACAUUGUUACAACAUUCUGCACCAAUCAAUUUAAAGCUUCAACAUCCUCCCCCAUCCUGGGUGACCCACAGGCAUUUGACUCUUCUCCAUGCUGCAGGGAGGGGGGGGGGGAUCGAACCUUGCCUGGUUGGGGAGUGUGAAGUCUAUCCAGAAGAAUGCAAGUGUUGUAUCUUUAAACGUGGAGGUGUUGAAAGUUAAAAAUUGAUAGAUGCAUUGGUUUUUAUGCUUCGAGCCUUAAGAGUGACCAAGAUCUAAUUUGUCCUCACAAUUUCAUCCCUGAAUCACUCUUUAAGGUCACAAGAAUAAAGGAUAUGAUCACCAACUAAAGAAGCUUUUGAUUGUUAAAUGAAUUCUCCUUCUCAGCACCUCAAAAGAUGUAUAGAAAACAGUAUGGAGAACCUUCAUACAGAUGUUAGGGCUUAAUGGGUAAAAGAUGCACUAUUUUCUUUUUGGUCAUACAGUAAAUGGUUUGAACCUGAUGGGUAGGCUACAUACAUGUUGUCUUUUAGUCUGUUCAUCUGGGUGACUGAAGUCCUGACAAUUGCUAAUGUUAGUUGUAGUAACUGAUCUUUUAACAACCUUUGCAGAAGUCAUUAUCAGUGUCGUGUCACUCUAGUGUCAUUUCAAGGCCUUCAAUGUUGAUGAUGGCUUGUGCUAGGUCAGUUGAAAUGUCAGUCUCUGUCACCAUGAAUAGUCCAAAGGUCAGACUACAAUAUCAAAUAUUCAUUGCAGUGUAGAUUAUGACUUGCCUGAAGUCAGUAACACUCUUAUACCCCUAUUCAACCAAAGUUUAAGCAUGUGUGAAAGCUGUUUUUUAAACAGUGCAACUUUCUUUUCUUCCCAGAAACUUCUUGAACCCAUGUUUGUUGACUUCAAAUUUAGCACCUUUAAAAUACAAGUUAGUGACUACUUGGACCCUAAGGAAAAUUCAGUUUUUCAGUUUUCUGUUGCUAAUUUUCUUUCAGUUAAACAUGGUUUAACUAAACAUGUUUGCUUAUGUGAAUGGGGUAUCAGUAGGUAAAUAAAUUACUAUUUUAAACAUAUUUAAAGACAGACACCUGAGAACAUUCGACAUAUCCUGCAUGUUAAUGUGUAAAAUUAUUUUUAAUUAAUUAUUUUCUGAAGUUGGUUUUUGUUCCAAGGUCACAGUAGUGAUUUAAACAUUUAUACAUUAAGUUAUUCAUCAAAGAAAGUAAAAGAGGUCUUUGACGUCUGUGUUUAA